UGACUUCGGCGAACAGGGAGUAUGACUGCGAAACGAGGGCGUCAGUUCUCGCAGAAGCUAUGGCGAACACUCAGACAGAUGACACACGCGUGACGAGCUGAGGAUGGAAAGAUGAGAUGGAGUUUCGAAGGUGCUAAGGGCUUGUCGUGGCACUCCAAGCGUUUAGGACCUUCCUACUUUUUGGAUUUCGGUAAAUGAGCUCGCCUCCAGAAGCGGGCAAUGACAGCACUGGCGGCGUUCAGCCCAAACACUACCGUCAAGGCAGGAGGAUAGCCGCGCGCUAUGAGAUAGCAAAAAAAAAAAACGGAAGGAACCGACUGGGGGGUCACAAAAAUAGGGGCUCAGAACAGAAGUCCAAGCUGGAGCGUAGUAAGAACAAACCACAAAUACGCCUCAAAGUACGAAAAAUACAGAGAGACACAAGAGUCGGCGUGGCGUUGGGCGGUAGUGAGAGUCGAGAUCAGACAUCCGUGGGGGGGGGGGAUAUGGAUCGCUUUAUGGACCUUUACGGUAGGCGGUCAACACAAGCUGACCUGCACAACGAUCUGAUUCAAUCUAGAUUUUAUGGGGUUAUAAGGAUGGUUAGGCAACCAGCACCUUCAAUUCUUUCAGGACUGCUACCUAAUGGCGCUGGGUAUGUUCCCAAUAGUAUAUGGAGUAGAUAUUAUUUUGUUUUGCAUUUGCUGAGUUCCCUUUGGAGCUCUUCUUUGUUACCCGAUCAAUGUAGGUCUCAAGAUGCCCUUAAAAAGCAUGAUGCAGUCAACUACAGUGCUCAUGAAUGUCUCUUUCCUUUGAUUUUUCUUUCUCUUCCCCUUGAUACAGCGCAAUAACUCCCCCUUGAAUGUGCGGUCGCGACAGGCACACAUUGGUAAACCCUAGCAAUGCCCUAUCUGGGGUAGUAGAAGAGAAGGGGGGAUUCAAGGAGUAUGAACAACACAAACGAUUCGGAUCUACUGAAA